UACAUACAUACAUACAUAUUCUAUUCUAUUCUAUUCUAUUCUAUUCUAUUCUAUUCUAUUCUAUUCUAUUCUAUUCUAUUCUACAGAGUAUAGUAUAGUAUAGUAUAGUAUAACCAUGAAACCAUCCUAUCUCCUGCUAAACACCCUCCUCCCCCUCGUCAUCAGCGCCAUCCCACUCCACUCUACCUCGCACCUCACCACAGAGAUCGGUCCCGAUUCCACCAGUACAAGCAUCACACCCAGCCAAAUCGAAGCCAUCGCCCCAAAGGCCAAGGCCUGCGAGAACCCGCCCGCGCCAGACGAAUGCGCCACGGCCGCGCAGGCCGCGCCCUACAUCGCCAGAUCCUUCGCCACGUACAACGUGACGGCCAGGGCGGAGCAGGCGGCCGUGCUGGGGCUGAUGGCCUUUGAGAGCGUGGAGUUUCGGUAUAACCGGAAUCAUUCCCCGGGGGUGCCGGGGCAGGGGACGAGAAAUAUGCAAUCCCCCGGGUUCAAUGCGGAAUAUGCCGCUUCCAUUCCGGGGCUCAAGGAGGCCCUGGACGGUGGUGCGCAGGGAGACGUCGUCAAAGUGUUGGAUUUGCUGCGCGGGAAUGCCGAGUAUGAUUUUGGGUCCGGGGCGUGGUUCUUGACGACGCAGUGUUCCGCUGAGGUUCGGGCUGCGUUGAGGACGGGGUCGGAGGAGGGAUGGGCUGGGUUUCUUACGCGGUGUGUGGGGACGGAUGCGAAUGAGGAGAGGAAGGGGUAUUGGGUUCGGGCGGUGCAGGUUUUGGGGUAG